GGCAUACCAGCCUGCCGCCUAGAAAUGCAUCUCUCGAUUCAGCGAUAAACUUAGUGUUUUAUUGCUUCUUUCAAUAGCGCCAGUAGAUUGAAUGACACAUUCAGAUUCCAAAAAUUUCCGUGAUGGUGACAGAAGGCAACUCUCUUCAGCGCCAGAAGUGUAUAUGUCGACAAAUUACGCCCCAGACGAUCUUUCGGGCAGCUACAAUCAUCGUGCUCUGAAUCCAAAUUUGGCACCAAAGGUUGGUAUCCCACCCAGUGAGAUACACAAUCCUUUCUUACAGAAUACAUCUGUGCAUCAGGGAACGUUCUAUAUCAUAUUUCUCCCCAUUGUAGCCGGGUUCGUGCUCGCUUUUUUGAUCGGUUCUGCUUAUCAUAGGUUUCGAGCCAAAAUCCAGGCCAAGGAUGUGAACUCAACAGAGGAUUCUUUUGACUCAAAGGGUACAGAGCCACUCGAAGAUGGAGGCAGAAUGCUUGGAAUUUUGAGAGGCCGAUCACACCGUACAGCAAACGAGAUUAUCAAUCCUCGAGGCUUCAAAUCGACCAAUUCCAACACUGUGUUACCGGCCAACAAUGAGAAAUUUUACUAUCAGCCUUUGACAGAUAAGCAAGAGGUCAGAACCCUCCAAUUGAGAAAACUAGAAAACUCGCCAGGAACUCUUUCAUCUUUUUCACC